UGUGUGUGGGCGAGGCUCAGUGACAGCUGCGGACCGUCCCCUAGUGUUUUUAUCCUUCUGAAGGAAAACCUCGGAGGUUUUGAAGCCAAAGUACAGAGAAAAACUAACGGAAUGAGAAGUUAAACCGCGAAGCGAGAAGAAAACUAGAUUUUAAAUUCACUUCCGGCUGGAAAACGAAAGGAGAACAAACAAAUAAAGUGGCUGCUGAGGAUGUGAGAGAACCACAACACGAAAAGGCUUCACCCACCGCUGAAGACAACUUCUGAGCAGGAGAAAAGUUUGACCAUCCACAGAAGACCCUCGGCUGCAGACAAACAUGGCUCUGUUCUUCUCCGGGGCCGUUACAAGUUCACCAAUUAAACGGAGGCUGCGUUCCAAUCAACACUGUCAGAGCCUCGACACAUCUCUCCUGUCGCCUGACUCCUCCUACGUCUGCUACUCCUCAGCUGAGGGCGGGGAUCCGUGUUCCUGCCGAAGAUCGCCACGCCUCCUCACCAACGGAUACUACAGCGUCACUGAUGACAGCUUCUCCUGGGACAAUGAGGGGAACGUGUCGCUGUCUCCCUGCAAAACCAGCGUGUCCUACAAGGAGAACCUGGUCAGGGUUUUCAGGCGCAGGCGGCGUCCUCGUAACGCUCUGGCUCGUCUCUUGAGCGAUGUGACGGAGACGUGCCACUCCUGGCUGGAUGAAAAUGUCUUCAGAGGCGUGUUCGGGGCAGCACAGAACCAAAGCCAGAGCUGGGACUUUGACAAGGACCAGGACUUGGACUGGACCAGAAACAGUCAGGAGGGCUCGGCCCGUCUGGAUGAGCCAUCCUGGACCAGAUUGAACAGCACUGAGCUGGACGACAGCCGCAGUUUCACGUAUGACCCAACUGAGAUCCCACCGCCUCCUGACAAAGAAGAGCCACCCAAAAAGCUUCUCAUCCAGGAGGAGAUUUGCUCAGAGAUCUGUCAAUCAAAGGAGCGCUUCACUCAGUCACUUGGCGGCCUCUCUGAAGUCCCGCCUCCCUCUGUGUUCUACACCAACACCUGCUGCUGUCAGGCCUCACCUGAACAGACAGGUUUGACAAUGAAAGCCCUUCUCCUGUUCAUCUUCACCAUCUUCAUCUUCACUGCUUUAUACUCAGGAUGUUUGCUUUGGAGCGUGAUGGUGGCGUCCACUGUGUUCAUGGCUAUAACAACCUUUAUGGUUCUGACUAAAUCAGGGCCAAUGGGCGAGUGGCGGAGGGCCAAGACAGAGGAUAUCACAUCAAGAAAUGAGUGAAAAGAAGCACCAGAUGCUGGGCGAAGGUUUUCAAAGUUUGUGAUGUAAGACUAGAAGAGAGACAGGAAACAUAGGAUGGGACGGGACAGAGUAGAAAUAUUCAGUAUUUCAAUAAGUGUUUGCAUGUGAGUCGCACUCAGAGGACCAAGUUACAGUGAGCUCUGGAAAACAUUUUACAGCAACACACGUUUGAAUGAAACUCUUUUUUGAUUGUAGAUCUUUAACCAAACACGUGUUGGCGUGUUAACCAGAAGGGCUGAAUUUCAUAGAUUGUUACAGCUAAAAUGAAGCGGAUACUAAAUAAUUCACCUUUAACUGAAAGGAAAAACACCGGGAAGGUUUGCAUGUUGGUGAAGUCCAGUUAUAAAAGUGUUGACUGUGCAGAGACAGUUGUUCAAAGUUGUUUCCUGUGUAGUCGAAUUCGUAACUGAGACGUUUUUAACAAAUUCACUGGAUGUUGGAUCAUGCUUUUUCUGCGUUAAAUCUCUAAAACACAGCAUUUAAUGUGUGGAUUUUCCCGGUGUGUAAACGAGACGAGUCAGACAGUGUGUUUCUGUUAAAAGCUGAAGGAGCUCAUUAACAUGGGGGCACAUGUUACUGUAGGUUAAAAAAUAUGAUAAACAGAAAAAAAUCAUGUUUAGAAUAAAAUCGUCCAAAUGUACCUGAUAUGUUUUCAAAAUAUUGUUAGUAAGGGUUGUCAAGAUGCAAGAAAAUUAACGCAUCAAUGUGAUACUUAAUAAGACAAACAAUUCUCAAAUGUGUUUGGCAGCAAAAAUAGAAGCCCUAGACACUCGGAUGUUAGGUGGUUUUGUGUGUUUAAUUAUCAAAAAUUGCUGCACACUGUGUGAAUUGCUAAAAGAAGAAACAUUGCCAGCAUAUUUGUGCAACUUAGACAGUGUGCAGCUGUGCAAAAGCAAUUGUUUGCAUCCGUCUACUUAGAUGCAGUUUUUAGAAGCUUUGGUACUUUUCUAUUCAAUAUUUCAGUAAAAUAACAGAAGUUUUACUGAUUUAAAAAUAACGUGGUAUCAAAAAUGAUUGAUGUUGACAACCUUACUAUGUGUAUAUUUUAUUGUUGAUGUGAGCUUGGCUGUUUUUGGGCUGUCCAAAGUGAUCAAAUAUCUGAUUUUACUCGUCUGAAGAACAAAUUCAGGUCCAACAGCAAACAAACUAAAAAGCCUCACUCCUAUUUUAAACAAGAGCUGUGACUUUUUUAAGAAUAACAAAUGCACAAAAACUCCUUAAAACCCCAACAGACAGUAGUGCCAUUAUUUAUGUUUAGAGACCAACGGAAGAGUUUUACUCCAAAAUGAUAUUAGUUGAAUAAAAAAGGAUGGAUUCAACAAAUUUAAAAAAGAAAUAAAACAUUAGUCCUGGUGUUUUAAAGCUGCACAGGAUAAAUUAAAAAGACCCGGAUUCCUGUUGAAAUCAGUCAACCAAUCGAAUGCCAUUAAUAAAGCACACAUAUUAUCAGGAAGAAGUUGAUAGAAAUCAGAGUGAAUAAUUGGAAAAAAUGUAGAUUAACCUUGUAAAUCAAUGAAGUCUGAGCCUCACAUUGUCUUCUCUCAUAGAUGCAGCUUUACCCCACGCUUCAUUUAGAGACUUUCAUUCCUAAAAUCUUCUAAUGAAGCCAUCUGCAGCUCAUAAAACUCUCUGAGAAAACAUAAAAACAUGUUAUUGGAGUAUAAAAGUGACAUGCAUACAGUUUUUCUUGUGCAGCUUUAACAGCAGCAGCUAUAAAAGACAUUAAUCCUCACUGUUUUAAUGUUAAUGAUCAUGUUGUAGUAAAACUCUUCAGUGUCAAAGUGCCUUUAAAUCAACCAGCAGUGCAGAAAUACAGAAAAAUAAUACUAAUAAUAAUAAUACAGGGAUGUGUUUGAUUAAACCUAAAAUGCUGCUGAAACAUCAAACAGCUCCACAACAGGUGGAGUUUGAUUUGUAAAGACUGGAACAUUUUUCUGUGAGAAUAGCGUGGAAUAUAUGACAGAUUCAGGAAAUAGGAGAAUAAAGUCAUCAGGUCUGCCAUACGCCUGUUAUAUUACAACUCCAACUGUGACUUUGUAUAUUAUUGUCACAAUUUUAUUUUUGUGAUUUUACAACUUUUUACUCAAAAUUACUAAUUAUUCAAAAAUUUACAUUUUUUUUUAGUACCUUUUGUCCUCAAGAAAUCACAACUUUGUUCUCCUUUGGCUUUUGUUUUAGUUGUAUUCUGAAUAUUAUGCAUUUUUUCCCUCAAAAUAUUACAACCUACUCCCUUCAUUAUUGUUCUGUUAAAUCUAUAUUUUGUAAUUUUACAACUCUCUCAUAAAACAAAAAUUUUAAGACAACAACUUUCCAGGCGAAGGUUAAAAUUGGCUUGAUUCUAGGAAUACUGCAGCUUUAUCCUAUAAUAAUAAUUUUAUUCUAUGAUUUUAGGAAUUUUUGUAAGAAAAUCAAACAAAUGACUGUUAGCUUACAACCUUCCUCUCAAUAUAUAACAGUUAUACAAUAUCAUUGACAAUGUAAAUUCUCUCAUGACUUCACUGCCUAAUUUUUGACUUGUUUCUUUGAAAAAUUACAAAAUUCUUAUAUAAUAAUGUAACAACUACAUAGAAAUAUAACAACUUUUUUCUUGCAGAUAUGACAUUUUUUCCUAAAAACAAUCACGAUUUUGUCUUUCAAUAACUUUUUUUGUAAUUGGAAGAAUGUAUUCUCCAAAUUUUGCUACUUUUUUGUAUUUUUUACAUUUUUUCCCAAGACUUUGUCUUUAGACUUUGUUUUUGUUGUAUUUAUUUUUUUCUAAAAUAUCACAAUUGUCUAUCCACUCAUUCUUAUACAACUAUAAAUUUUAUUUGUCUCUACAACUUCAUUUUCAUUUUGUAAUGAUUUCAAAUUUUUUUGAAAUACAACUCAUCUAUCCUCUAAAACAUUUAAGGGAGUUCCUGGACUUUUUCUUAAAUCAUAAUUUUAGUUGGGUCCAACUUUAUCCAAAGAUAUUACAUCUUAAUUCUUUCAAUAAUCUCCCAAUAUUAGAACUUUAUAGCAUCAUUUUUAUGGCUUUUGUCCCCAAAUAAACAGAAAAAAAUUCUUAGAGUAAUGCUACUUUAUUCUUUUUAUCAAGUUUUUUACCUUAUUAAAUGAAGACAUCUUGAAUUAAAAUGACUUUACUCUGUUAAUAUUAUGACUUCUCCUGGAAAUAUUACAACCUAACUAUCUGGCUUUUUUGCAUUAAUCAUGAUGUUCUUUAACAAACUUCAUACAUUAAUAUAAUAUGAGUUCAUUCUCUCUCAAAAUUAUUUUUUCAGAAUUAACAAUCUAUUCUUUUUAUGUUUAAACUUUAAUCUCAUCAAAUCAUAUUAUUUAGAAGUAUUAACCCCUUAAUGCCUGUUGUCGCAUAUUUGAUACAUACUUUUAUGAUACCUCUAUCUAAUCAAUAUGCUCAAUAAAUUACUCAAAAAAAAUUCUGAAUACAAUCUGAUAAAUGAUAAAAAAAA